AUGCAAGGACUGGUUUCAGAGGAUGGAAAGGAUUUUGCUCAGGUUAGGAAGUUUAUGUCAUUUGCGGAAAAAAUCCGAGUCGAAGAAUUCUUGGAAAAUCGUCAAGAGACUAACAGCACAAUUACGCGCACGUCUGAUAGUGGAGUAGGUACUUGGAGUCCUGCUCCCACUGAAUGCCGAUCCGAAGAAGGCGCUGAAGGAAGCAGAAAAGAAAAGUUCGACCACGUCGAAGAAUGGGUAACAGAAGCCAUUGAAAAUUUGGAUAAUGUUUUGUCAGAACUUAAAACAACAACUCAAUCUGAAGUUGUCUUGAGAGUCAGUGUCAAACAAGCAAAGCAAGAAUUGGAAAAAAGCAGAGAAAAGAUUCAUAACUGGAACGAAUCAGGAUAUGAGAUUCCUGUCGCAGACAGUAAAAUGGCAUUAGUUUUCGGUGAGGUUGAAGAAUACAUCUUUUCACCGGAACUCAGUGCUGAAGGUGUUUUACAAAAAGUGAAAACCAUUCUUCAGAUAAAUCAAGAUAUGUUUGAACACCCAAACGAAGAUGUUAAGAAGUUGAUCCGUCUCGUGGCAAAAACAGCAAAAAAAUUGAACAGGAUUGACGUGUUCGAUCAUUUAAGAGAAUAUGCACCACCAGGAACAACAGGUCCUCGAUUAUCUGACGAUUCGACUUUUGCCGACAUCCCUCUCCAAACAGCCAGAAAACUAACAAUGGCAUUGUCAGGUAAGGAUGAGUGGACAAUGAUUGUUGAGCAAUUGGGUUUGACCCCAAAAGAAAUUCUUUUUCUUAAAAGACGUACUACAAACCCUGCUGACGCUGCUCUGGCUUACGUCAGCCAGAAGCUCAUCAUAAGCGUAGGAUCACUCUAUGACUUGUUAAAUGAAAAUAGGCUGCCUAUGCUAGCCGAUUUUCUGUAAGUUGCCUAAGCUAUCGCAUGAGGAAAUCUCUUGUAACGAGAGGAUUUGGAGUUAGUUGGUUUAUUUUGCUAUCGCUGAUAAAAAUGCAAAAGUUCACGUAGAAAUGUGACGGUAUUUUAAUCUAACUUCAGUAAAUCGUUCAUUUAACACUAGCUGUUGUCAUUCAGCCAGCCUUAAUUAUAUUUUGUAACAUCAUGAAUGUAGUUAGCGUUGGACUCUAAAUGUUACCUGUCCUAGCUUAACCUUUGUUUACUUAUUAUCUACCUGUACUGUCGUAGAUUGAUUCAUUUUGUUUAAGCGAAAUUUAUUUCUUUAUCUGCAGUUCAAAUUUAUGUUAUUUAUGUAAAAUCACUUUCAUCCAAUCUUCAAUUCAAGGGUUUAUUACGAGCCAACAAAGCUGCCAGUUGGCUUGUGAGCUCAGUCGUCAAAUCGUUUUACUAGCAUCGCAAAGGUCAUGGGUUCAACUUUCGUACAAAGAUUAACUUUUUAUCAUGUUU